CAUUUUAAUGGGAGCUUGUGUUUUUGAAUAACCCUGGUCCCUGGCCAUCCUUGCCCUAAACCCUACUGUGUCUUCAAUUUCUUCAGCACAAUGAAGCUCGUCAGAUUUUUGAUGAAGCUGAACAACGAGACUGUCUCAAUUGAGCUCAAAAACGGAACCGUUGUUCAUGGAACCAUUACAGGUGUGGAUGUUAGCAUGAAUACACACCUAAAGGCUGUCAAAAUUACGCUAAAGGGGAAGAAUCCAGUGACGUUGGAUCACCUGAGUGUGAGGGGUAACAACAUCCGUUAUUACAUCCUCCCUGACAGCUUAAAUCUUGAGACACUGCUGGUGGAAGAAACACCUAGGGUGAAGCCAAAGAAGCCAACAGCUGGAAAGCCUUUGGGACGUGGUCGAGGGCGUGGGCGUGGUCGUGGACGUGGUCGAGGGCGCUAAAUGCAUUCAAGCUGCUCUAAUUUUUUGCAGUAUUGUCUCUGUAAACAUAUAUGUAUGGAUAAAGGGACUUGCUCUUAGUUUUCGUAUCUCGUUCAAUUAUCUGCCUAAUCAAGUCACUGAACAUAUUGGUCAUUUUUGCAUCUGCCCAGCUGCAUUCUGCUUACUGCAUUUACCUUAAUGAAACUCCAUAAUGCCAACAUUUACUUCGUAAUUUA